UGCUCUGUGAAUGCUGCCAUGCCCAUCAUCAGCAAUGCCAACCAUGACUUCAGCAAUCUGUCCGUCAGUGAUGACAGCAGUCUCGACCACAUAUUCACUGAGAUCCCAGAGACUGAGACUAUCAAGGGUGUGUACUACCAAAGAGCUCAGUUCAUCCGUCGGCCAGAGGACCUCUUGUCCAUCGACCAUGCUUCCUUGGCAGUGAUCAAUGUCGGGGGAAACCGCUACACCUUCCCCUGGAGCACACUGGAGCAAUUUCCCCUCACACGACUUGGCCGCCUCUGUGGCUGCAGGUCACCUGAGGACAUCGCCAGCAUCUGUGACGACUACGAUGAAGCCCGCAAGGAGUUCUUCUUCGACCGCUCACCAUCCGCCUUUAGGGUUAUCCUCAACUUCUUGGCUGCAGGGAAACUCCGACUGCUACGAGAGAUGUGCAUCCUCUCCCUGCACGAUGAGCUGACCUACUGGGGCGUGGAGAUGGCGUACAUGGAGCGCUGCUGCAAGAGGAAGAUGUACACACGCAUCGAGGAAGUGCACGAGAAAGAGAGGCGUCGGCAGGAGCGCAGGCAGAAAAACGCCAUGCAGCGGGAGACAGUGGAGGAAACACAAUACACAAAAGUGAUGAACUGGCUAAGAGAUAUGGUAGAAAACCCACAGUCAGGCUUACCUGGGAAGAUCUUUGCCUGCCUGUCGGUGAUCAUGGUUGCCGUGACUGUUGUCAGUUUAUGUAUCAGCACGAUGCCAGACCUCAGAGAGGAAGAGGACAGGGGCGAGUGUUCAUCUAAGUGCUACAACAUGUUCAUCAUAGAGACGGUGUGUGUGGCCUGGUUCUCCCUGGAGUUCAUCUUGCGGUUCAUUCAAGCUCAGAGCAAGCUGGACUUUCUCCGCGGGCCGCUCAACAUCAUCGACGCUAUGGCCAUCCUGCCCUACUACGUUUCCUUGGUGGUGACAGAGAAAGACCCAGAGCUGGAACACGAGAGGCCGGGAGGAGGUAAGGGCUACCUGGACAAGCUAGGCCUGGUUUUGAGGAUCCUGCGAGCGCUGAGAAUUCUCUACGUGAUGAGGCUGGCUCGCCACUCUCUCGGCCUGCAGACGCUGGGGCUGACGGUGCGACGCAGCACCCGGGAGUUUGGCCUUCUGUUGCUUUUUCUCUGCGUCGCUGUCACCCUCUUCUCCCCGCUGGUGCACUUGGCUGAGAGCGAGCUCACAGGUACCCAUGACUUCACCAGCAUUCCCGCCUCCUACUGGUGGGCCAUUAUCUCCAUGACGACAGUGGGAUAUGGCGAUAUGGUGCCCAGAUCCAUUCCGGGACAGGUGGUAGCACUGAGCAGCAUCCUCAGUGGCAUUCUCAUCAUGGCCUUCCCUGCUACUUCCAUCUUCCACAUGUUCUCCCGCUCCUACCAAGAGCUCAAGAUGGAGCAUGACCGAUUGUUGAAAGAGGAGUGCGUGGCUGCCGCUGCAGCUGCUGCUGCCAGUGGGGAGCCACAGGAGGCGGGAGGUGAAGGAGGCGGUGAGAACUCGGCUCCACCUAAAAUGCAUCUAGACAAUGAUAAUGUGCACUCGCUGGAAUCUCUGGCUCUGUUAGGGAAAGGUGGCGAAGCUGCUGGAAAUAAUAAUCACAGCCUUCCGGCAGCAGCUUUCUGAGCUGCAUUUGCACAGACUGACCUCUAAGAUGUGACUGUGCAGUAUACGAUGAAAGUACUGUUUCCAAAAGGCCUCACUAUCUACACAGCUCUGAGGGCAUCUGCAUUGUUUGGAUAAAAAGAGAUUAAGCAAACAUUACGCAUUUCUUUUGCUCUUCAAGGAUUUCAUAAGGAGUAAAAGUGUCCGCGCUGAGAGACACACAACCCUUUAAAUCGGAUGAUUUUGUCCGACCAGAAAGCCUCUGCAGCAAUAUUAGUAAACGGCUGCGUCCAUAAACAUGCAAUAUUCAAUCCAAAGUUGCUUUUCCUCCCACUGUGAAAAUACUGACUGCAACUUUUAGUUUCAUUCUCAUUACUUUUUAAUCUGUUGCCUACAGUAUGACCUCAGUGUGUUUCGUACUGUAUACUAGCUUGAAGCCAUGCUCUAGCAAAUUGAUUGUCUCAUAUAUGAUACGAUUCAUCUCUCUUGUGUAUAUUUCUAUGCUUGGACUGAAAUGGUUUCUCCAUUCUCAAAUAUAAACUCCAGGUAAACGAUUAAGAAAUUGCAUAAUUAUUCCAAAUGUUUCUAAAUCAGUGACAAAAGGAACGGACAUGGAGGAAAAAAGGUGUUUUUAUUUGAAUGAAGACGAGCGUGAGUGAGAGAGAGUGAGCACUAAAACCAUGAAAUGUACUUUGCAACGCUCCAAAUAAAAGCUCUCCUAGUAA